GUCCUGGAGCGAAGGCCGAAAUGUAGGGCGGGUCCUGGAAAAGGAGGACGUGGCUGGCGGCCACUCUGCUGCAGCUGUUCCUCCUUCGGCGGGAAGGGAAGGGCUGAGGGACGGAAUCACGGCGCCUCUCUCUUUCUCCCUCGGCGGCGGCAAAGGCCAAGGGGCUCCUCCGCGGGGAGGCCUCCCUCUGGUGCGCCUUUAAGGCCUCCUCCUCGUCCAGGAGGAGCGGAGGGAGCGGGCCGAGCCUUGUGGAUCCGGGCUAGAGGGCGUUUACCCGGGAGAGGAGGGGACGGGCCCAGAGAGGAGGAGGCAGAGGCAGCAGCAGCAGCACAGGCGGCUUGUGCUGCGAAGGGAAGGGAGCGCCAAGGGACCGCAGGGAAGCAAGCAAGGAGCCCCGAGGAGGAGGAAGGCCUGCGGUGCAGCCCAGCAGGGGAGCAGGUUGCAGUUUUAGCUCAAUGCUGAAGAGGAAAUAACACGUGCCCCUCAGAGUUGCUGCUCUACCAUCCCUACGGGGAUCCAUGUCGCCUCAUCAAACCCAGUUCCUAGUGGCCUUUCAGCAUGUCCUGGUUUAGUGGCAUCCUGGUGCCCAAAGUGGAUGAGCGGAAGACUGCUUGGGGGGAGCGGAAUGGGCCCAAGCGCCACCGGCCGGCGCUUUGUGGCCCACGCUACAUGAGCUGCUUGCAAGAUCCAGAGCUGGAGCGAGGAGGCAGCGGAGGACUUGGGCUCAAUUGUUCGUGGCAGGAGGACCACUAUGGCAAGAAGCAGCCACUGUCGCCACCACCACCGCUUCCUCCUGGAAUCGGGACGGGUGAUUUGGGGCUCAAAGCUGUGGACUUGGGCUUUGAGGACAGUGGGGGAGCUGCACAGGAGGCCAAGGGGCUCUCGGCUAGGGACUGUGGCCGGCGCCUCCUGCAGGUGUUCCGCUCCAAACGCUUCCAGUCAGCGAAACUGGAGCGCCUCUACCAGCGCUAUUUCUUCCAGAUGAACCAGAGCUCGUUGACUGUGCUCAUGGGCGUCUUGGUGCUGGCAUGUGGCAUCAUGCUAGUGUUUCAUUGUGUGCCUGGUGGCCCCCGUGUGCCCUAUGCUGCUGCCCUGGCAGUAGCAGCUGCCCUCUUCCUCUCCCUUAUGGUCCUCUGCAACAGGACUGGCUUCCAUCAGGACUGCAUGUGGGUUGUGAGCUACCUAGUCAUCGGGGCACUGUGUGGGGUGCAGGCGCUGGGCACCCUUUUGGUUUCGCCACGGAGUGCUUCUGAAGGGGUGUGGUGGAGCGUCUUCUUCAUCUACAUCAUCUACACACUUUUGCCUGUGCGCAUGCGGGUGGCUGUGCUGGCUGGAGCCUUGUUGUCGGUGCUUCACCUAGUCAUCUCUUGGCAUCAGAAUCAGAUGGACUCCUUUCUUUGGAAGCAGCUUGGUGCCAACAGUUUGAUCUUCCUCUGCACCAACAUUAUUGGCAUCUGCACUCACUAUCCAGCUGAGGUGUCACAGCGCCAGGCCUUCCAAGAGACCCGUGGCUACAUUCAAGCUCGGCUGCAUCUCCAACGUGAGAACCGUCAGCAGGAACGGCUCCUUCUCUCAGUGCUGCCUCAGCAUGUUGCUAUGGAGAUGAAGGAGGACAUCAACACCAAGAAAGAAGACAUGAUGUUCCACAAGAUAUACAUCCAGAAACAUGACAAUGUCAGCAUACUGUUUGCUGACAUUGAGGGUUUCACAAGCUUGGCUUCCCAGUGCACGGCACAGGAACUGGUCAUGACGCUGAACGAGCUUUUUGCCCGUUUCGACAAGUUGGCUGCGGAGAAUCAUUGCCUGCGCAUCAAGAUCCUUGGGGAUUGCUACUACUGUGUCUCAGGGCUGCCAGAACCACGGGCAGAUCAUGCCCACUGCUGUGUGGAGAUGGGUGUGGACAUGAUUGAGGCCAUUUCGCUAGUGCGUGAGGUGACUGGAGUGAAUGUGAACAUGCGUGUUGGGAUCCACAGUGGGCGUGUGCACUGCGGAGUGCUGGGGCUGCGCAAGUGGCAGUUUGACGUCUGGUCCAAUGAUGUCACCCUUGCCAACCACAUGGAGGCCGGUGGUAAAGCUGGGCGGAUCCACAUCACCCAGGCGACAUUGCAGUACCUGAAUGAGGACUAUGAAGUUGAACCAGGGCAUGGAGGUGAACGCAAUGCCUACCUCAAGGAACAUAACAUUGAAACCUUCUUCAUUGUGGGCUGCAGCCAGAAACGAAAAGAAGAGAAGGCCAUCUUAGCCAAACUGCAAAGGGCUCAGGCCAAUUCCACUGAGGGGUUGGUGCCUCGCUGGGUUCCUGAACGCUCAUUCCCCCGGACCAAGGACUCCAAAGCUUUCCGGCAGAUGGGUAUUGAUGAUGCCAGUAAGGACAAUCGAAGCACACAGGAAGCGUUGAAUCCUGAAGAUGAAGUAGAUGAGUUUCUGGGCCGUGCCAUUGAUGCUCGAAGCAUUGACCAGCUACGCAAGGAUCAUGUCAAGCGAUUCCUGCUAACUUUCCAGAAACCUGAGUUAGAGAGAAAGUAUUCCAAAAAGGUAGAUACUCGUUUUGGAGGCUACGUGGCUUGCACGGUGCUGGUCUUCUGCUUCAUAUGCUGUAUCCAGAUAGUUAUCUUCCCUCAUUCCCCUCUGAUGCUUGGUGCCUACAUCAGCAUCUUCAGCAUCCUGGCCACCAUCCUUUUUGUCUGCGCCAUCUAUUCUUGCCUUGGGCCCUUUCCUGCUACCUUACAGCAUGUCUCCCAGAAGAUCAUCCAGUCUCGGAUUAAUAGCACAAUCACAGGUGUUGCUGCCAUCCUGCUUGUCUUCAUCUCUGCUUUUAUCAACAUGUUUGCUUGCAGCCGGCUCCGGCUCCAAGACUGCAUUGCCGGAUUUCUCAACAUUACUCCAGCUGCUGUUGGGCCCUGCCUCAUCCAUGCCCUCAACUACUCAUUGGCGUCAGACAUUCUUCCCUGCCAGGGAAAUGGUGCUUCUAACUGCAACUUCCCUGAGUAUUUCACAUACUCGGUGCUGCUGAGUCUGCUGGCCUCUUCUGUCUUCCUGCACAUCAGUAGCCUUGGGAAGCUGGCGCUGCUGGUGGGGAUGGAGGUUGUGUACCUAGCCGUGGCUGAGGGGCCCCAGGGGAUGCUGUUUGACAACUAUGACUUGCUGGUGGUUGCUAAUACCCUGCCAGCCUUCAAUGAAACAUACAGUAGUCAAGACUGUCCCGCAGAGGGCAAAGUGGCCUUGAAGUACAUGACACCUGUCAUCCUUCUGCUUUUUGCAUUGGCUCUCUAUUUGCAUGCCCAGCAGGUGGAGUCUACAGCCCGUCUAGACUUCCUCUGGAAACAACAGGCUACAGGUGAGAAAGAGGAAAUGGAAGAAUUGCAGGCCUACAAUCGCCGGCUGCUACAUAACAUCUUGCCCAAAGAUGUGGCCGCCCACUUCCUAGCCCGUGAGCGUCUAAAUGAUGAGCUGUACCACCAGUCCUGCGAAUGCGUAGCUGUCAUGUUUGCCUCAAUCAGCAACUUCUCCGAGUUCUAUGUGGAGCUGGAAGCCAACAAUGAGGGUGUUGAAUGUCUGCGGCUCCUCAAUGAGAUCAUUGCCGACUUUGACGAGAUCAUCAGUGAUGAACCUUUCAAGCAGCUGGAGAAGAUCAAGACAAUUGGCAGCACUUACAUGGCAGCUUCGGGACUGAACGACAGCACCUAUGACCGUGAAGGGCGCUCCCAUAUCACAGCACUGGCUGAUUAUGCGAUGCGGCUCAUGGAACAGAUGAAAUAUAUCAAUGAGCACUCUUUCAAUAACUUCCAAAUGAAAAUUGGGCUAAACAUUGGGCCAGUAGUAGCUGGGGUGAUUGGAGCCAGAAAACCACAGUAUGACAUCUGGGGUAACACUGUGAACGUCUCUAGCCGUAUGGACAGCACUGGUGUCCCUGACCGCAUUCAGGUGACAACUGACCUCUAUCAGGUAUUGGCAGCCAAAGGUUAUCAGCUAGAGUGUCGUGGAGUCGUCAAAGUCAAAGGCAAAGGCGAGAUGACCACCUAUUUCCUGAAUGGUGGCCCCACUAGUUAGCGAGAGCCUUUGCUACAAAGGGACCUAUUAGGCUGGGCUCAGGCAGUGUCAAGUCGAUCAGUUCGUUUUCUCUGUUCCUCUCUCUGUGUCUCUUUCUCCCUCCCUCCCUCUCUUUCUCUUUUUCUCUCUCUCUCUUUCUGUUUGCUUUGGAUUUUAGACACACCCUCCUAACAUGGGAGGGGAAAAAAGAAAACACCUUACAACCUCCAAAACAAGGUUCCUCUGUGGUGUUAGAAGAAGAGGAGCUGUCAUGGGUCACUUUUUACCCUAAGAGACUUAUUUUUUAUUUAUUGGGAGCAAAAGCCUACCUUGGAGCAUCCCCUUUUGGGUCGCCAUGGGUGCUGUUUUGGAAGUAAGGGAAAGAAUUUGUUGUUGCAAACCUUCUGCCUCUCCUAGGAUGAACUGAAGAACUUGGCAAGGGGAAAAUGCAGCAGGACUUUAAGGCCCUUUCUUCUUGUAUUCAUGGAUUCAGAAAGCUGACUAUUUGUGGAUCCAGAAAGCUGACAUUUGGUUUUAUUGUUUGUAUGGGCGGGGGGGGGGGGGGUUUGCAUUCUCCCAUUCCCCUGGCCAACAUUGCCUGGAUAUUUUGAGAGAGGCCUUUGCCCCUCUAGGUGCCCUUCACCAAGACUUUCAGAAAGAGAAGCAGCACUGAUCUGGCAGGGAGGCGGCUUGCCCCCACCCGACACAUUUUGGUUGUUGCAUUCCUGCCUUUAGCAGAAGCCACUGUGUCUCUGCCUCUCUCUUUCUUACACACAUGCGCACAUGCACUGUGAAGUUGGGGAAUGUGUCUCUUCUUUUGUAGCGAGGGGUAGUUGUUUGGGGUAUGGUUCUCAUUUGCCAAAUUACUUUGUCUGGUUGGAAUUUAAGGGGCUGUGGUGACAAACACUGGGAAGGGCCCCCAAGAAAAAAAGGACCUAUGAGUGGCAUUGGUGGUUUUGAUGCCAAAGAGUAGGCAGGAAGUGAGCCUUGUUCUCUCCACUUCCUCUGCCAUUCCUUUUCUGAUAAUGCAGAGUUUGGAAAAAGUAUUUCUUUGGACUACAACUCCCCAGAUCCCCCAGGCAGCAUGCUUGGGGAUUUGUAGUCCUAAAAAAGUAGCAUUCACACACUCUCCAUAAUAGCUGGGGAAAACGAGAUUCCUACCCCUUGCAGAUGCAACCUGCCUUAGUUGCUUGACAUUAGAGGAGUGUGGUUUUAUCUGUAUUCCUCUUCUGCCAUCUUCCUGUAGAAAGGAGUUUUUUCUGGUCAUUGAGGCCCAACAAAAAAAGAAUUAGUUCUUUCACAGACUCUCUCCUGAAACUGGAAGGUGGAGCAAGCUCCUUCCUUUUAAUAUGCCCUCAUGGACAUUUUUUUACUAUACGCUAAGUCUCUGUCCCAUGUCCACAAGAUUUUUUUCAUGGUUCUUAAGAUGGUUUGCUCUUCUGGAAUUGAUUUCUUUUCAGGGGGAGAGGAGUGGGGAACAAUGAGAAGAAUCCUCCAUUUUUAAAAUAUAUGUUUUAAAAACACCAUUGGUCCAGAAUUGUUCUUGUACUUUCCCUCAUUUUCACUACCUUCCCAUUUUCAGCUGCAAUGCUUGCACUCAGUAUGAACUUGGAGCAAGCUGGGGCCUGGCUGCACUAUUGAACUCUGGACUUCAUUAAACGGUGUAGGGGAAGGUGUGUGUGUAUUGGUGAAGUAGAACUUGGGAAAAUUACUUUUUGGGACCACUGUUCUCGCAAUCCCUUAGGCUGUAAUGCUAGUGGCUUGGAGCAUCUGAGAAGUGCAGUCCAAAAAUCACUUUUUCAAGGAUGAGGUGGGUAAAACAUAUCAGCAACGUAAGAGCAGUGUGUUAAUUAUCAAAUACAAGCUAAUAUAAAGAAUUUGGCACUGUGAGUUCAAGAGAAGGAGACUGAUGUACUCCUUUUAAAUUUUCUAAAAUGUUCUUAGCAGAAGAGGAGGUUUUGCUUUCUAUCUGAACAAGUACUGUUGAGCCAUCUGAGACUUUGUCUUUAAAGAUACAUGUCUCCCAUUUCAAAAAUGCUCCAUCAACUGAUGACUGCCUUGGGUCCUUUCAAGGGCAAAGGGGCACCUCACAUAGCAAAUAUUUGCAUCCCUUUUAGAUUUCCGGGUCUUUUGGCCCUUUUUCACUUGAUCUUGUUUCAGGGAGUCUUUAUCUUCAUAGCAGUUGUGGACUGAAUUGAUUGCAAGCAUUUGUGUGUCUGUGUCUCAUUACCAUUUUUUUAGGUCUUACCACCACUGAAUUUAACAUUGUCAAAAUUACAACAUUCUCCCAUUCUACUUUCUUCCUCCCCCCCCCCCCCGCCCCCCGGUGUCAAGUGGGACUCCAGUACUAAAACAGAGUUUUCUUGAAAACGGUUUAUUUUGCUCAGCUUUUUGCUAAACGUGGCACCCAAUGGGAAACAUCCACGCCAUGGAUAGGGAGGCAAAAUGGAUCUUUUGUCAGGUCUCUGUUCCUUUUAAAGCAAAUGAAUGAAGGGAAAAAAACCAAGUGUUUUUAAUGCAAAAAAUAAAUCCAGAUGAAGUUACUUUUUUGUUGUUGGGAAACUUUUUUUUUUAAUUUUCUUGAUGGUUAAGAAAGCUAUUUUAUUGCUUUAAAUGUUUUAAAAGAAAGGUUUGCAAUUUUUUAAUGGGCAGCAACUGCCUUGGUGCAUAGCCUGUGCAUUAUUGAUGCCCACACUGGGGGUAGGCUAUGGGGGAGGAGAAAAGUGACUGGGAGGGCACCACCCAGUCGCGAUCUCCCCACUCCCUCUAGAGCUAAAAUGGCUCCUUUGUAUUCCUUGGGGGGGAGGCGUGUGAGUGAGUGGGCGAUACGGCACUUAUUUGGUACUCUUUUUUUUUCCUUUUGUGUGUGUGUAUAUAUAUAUAUAUAAAUAUAUAAAUUAUAUAUUAAAGAUCACUUUCUAUAUUA